GCGAGUGUAAUCCGUUGCGACGGCUGCCUUGCUAGCUAAUGUUUGCUGAGAGCGAGAACGAGAGGUGAGGAGGCUGCAGCUCAUUCAGAGCAAGGCGGAGAGGCUGGUGGUUUGCUUAUACAGUGGACGUCUGCUUCUGCAACAGAUGACAAACACCUGUAUGCAGAUCCCUCCUGUGCAGCCAUAUAUGGAAAGCGGAGAGGCGGCUCAAGGCACAAGGCAAAGUUCACCUGCUGUAAAGAGAAAUAAAGUCCUUGACUCCUGCAGCACCUUCUCACAGACAGAUCAACGGGCCACCAUUUAACCAAUCAACACCAGGUUCAUUACAGAAAGGGACAACAUGCCGGAAGUCAAAACCAAGGUUUCAAAAGUACUCAACAAGACCACCCCUGGCUUACAGAUAUGGAGGAUAGAGGGCAUGGCAAUGGUCCCUGUCCCUCCAAAAUCCUAUGGGAAUUUCUUUGAAGGAGACAGCUACAUCAUUUUAUCAACUCACAAAACUGGCAAUAAUUUCACAUAUGAUAUUCACUACUGGCUGGGCAAAGUCUCCUCUCAGGACGAGCAGGGAGCGGCUGCCAUCUACACCACCCAGAUAGACGAUCACCUGGGAGGGGUGGCUGUACAGCACCGAGAGGAGCAGGGCAGUGAGAGCGAGACCUUCAGGGGGUACUUCAAACAAGGCAUCAUCUACAAACAGGGUGGGGUAGCCUCUGGAAUGAAGCAUGUGGAAACCAACGUCUAUAAUAUCAAGCGUCUGCUGCACGUCAAAGGCAAAAAACACGUGGUUGCAGGAGAGGUUGAGGUGAGCUGGAACAGCUUCAAUAAGGGCGAUGUGUUCCUGCUCGACCUGGGGAAAGGGAUCAUUCAGUGGAACGGACCUGAAAGCAACCGCAUGGAGAGAAUCAAGGGGAUGAACCUGGCUAAGGAUAUCCGGGAUCGGGAGCGAGGCGGGCGGGCGAAGGUGGCAGUGGUGGAUGGGGAGAAUGAGAGAGACUCCCCGCAGCUGAUGAAACUCCUGAAUGAAGUUCUCGGGGUGAGGAACAACAUUAAGGCAGCCAUCCCCGAUGAGGUGGUCGAUCACAAGCUGAAAACAGCUGUCAAGCUCUUCCAUGUUUCUGACACAGACGGGAAUCUGGUGGUGCAGGAAGUUGCUGUGAGUCCUCUAACGCAGGACCUUCUGAAUCAUGACGACUGCUACCUUUUAGACCAGGGCGGGAUCAAGAUCUUCGUGUGGAAAGGGAAGAAUGCUUCCAAGAAGGAGAGGUCAGAAUCCUUGAAUAGGGCAGAGGGUUAUAAAAAAGCCAAAGGAUAUCCAUCUUCCACCAAUGUGGAAAUUGUGAAUGAUGGCUCAGAGUCUGCUGUCUUUAAACAGCUCUUCAAAAAGUGGACAGUGAAGGGACUAACAGUGGGCACUGGAAGUACACAUAGUGUGGGAAAGAUUGCUAAAGUGGAGCAGGUCAAGUUUGAUGCAACGUCCAUGCAUGUGAAGCCAGAGGUGGCAGCGCAACAGAGGAUGGUGGAUGAUGGAACAGGAGAAGUGGAGGUGUGGAGGAUAGAGAACUUGGAGCCCGUCCCUGUGGAGAAAAAAUGGCUGGGCCACUUCUACGGAGGGGACUGCUACCUCAUUCUAUACAAAUACCUGGUCAACAACAAAGAGCACUACAUUAUCUACGUCUGGCAGGGUCGCAGUGCCAGUCAGGACGAGAUCGCUGCCUCAGCCUUCCAGGCUGUGAUACUUGAUCAGAAAUACAAUGGGCAGCCUGUUCAGGUCAGAGUACCAAUGGGCAAGGAGCCCCCUCAUCUCAUGGCUGUCUUCAGGGGAAAGAUGGUGGUUUAUGAGGGUGGUACCUCCCGGAGUGGAGCCACAGAACCGGAGCCAGCUGUGAGGCUCUUCCAUGUCCAUGGAACCAAUGAGCACAACACUCGCUCUAUCGAGGUGCUCGCCCGCGCCUCCUCUCUCAACUCCAAUGAUGUCUUUGUGCUCAAAUCAGACUCCUGCUGCUACCUCUGGUAUGGGAAGGGCUGCAGUGGGGAUGAGAGAGAGAUUGCAAAAACUGUGGCUGACAUCAUCUCCAAGAGAGAGAAGCUGGUUAUUGCUGAAGGCCAGGAGCCUGCAGAUUUCUGGGUAACCUUGGGUGGAAAAUCCCAGUACGCCAACAAUAAAAGGCUUCAAGAGGAGCAGCUUGACAUCACUCCCCGCCUCUUUGAGUGCUCCAAUCAGACGGGGAAGUUUGUUGCCACGGAGAUAACAAGCUUUAAUCAGGACGACCUGGAUGAAGAUGACGUGAUGCUGCUUGACACGUGGGACCAGGUGUUCCUGUGGUUGGGCAAAGGGGCCAAUGAGACAGAGAGGAAGGAAGCUGUGACUACAGCACAGGAGUACCUGAUAACUCACCCAGGAGACAGGGACUCCAGAACCCCCAUCAUCCUGGUCAAGCAGGGCUUUGAGCCCCCUACCUUCACUGGCUGGUUCCUGGCCUGGGAUCCCCACAGGUGGAGUGAUGGGAAAUCCUAUGAGGAGUUGAAGGCGGAGCUGGGGGAUGCCAGUGCCAUUGUGGUAAACACAGCGAACCUGACUCUGAUAAAUUCUAAAACGGGAAACCUAGCAGUGCCACUGGGCCCCCUGCCAAUCUUCCCCGCUGAGCAGCUGGUCAACCGCCAGACCGAGGAGCUUCCUGAAGGAACAGACCCAUCCAGGAAGGAGGAGCAUCUUUCAAAUGAAGACUUUACUGAAAUUUUCGGAAUGUCCCGUUCUUUGUUCUCCGCCCUGCCUCGCUGGAAACAGCAGAACCUGAAGAAAGAAAAGGGCCUUUUCUAGAAAAUAUAUAUAAAUAGAUAUGUUCUCCGUAGGGAGUGCCUCUUUGUUUUACAGAUAGAUAAAAAAAAAUGUGUUUCCUGGUACUCGAUUAUGUCCUGUGUGUUGCAUCUAAUUGCAGCUCGACCAUUGGACUAUAGACCCGAAACUAACUUUUAAUUUUUAUUUGAACUAUCCUGAAUUAAAGUAGAACCAACCGGGAAAGAACCAGAAGUCUCAAAACAAAAAAGGCUAACCUGUUGCAAUCACAAUCAUUUUAAACGCAGCCAGCUGAAUCAAACACUCCUUUUUUUUUUUUUUUUUUUUUUGUUACGAAUUAGUUCUGUCCCUACAGCUCUCAAUUCAAUGAGAAAUGAGUUCCAGAAUAAAAAAGUUUAUCUGAUUCGUAUUUAUAAGUUUGCUUGCUGUUUCAGUUGAUGUUGAUUUAAAGUAAUAGAUUUAUGAAAUAAGAAAGUAGUGGCAAACAUGUUUAAAUUCAACCGAAACUGAUUAAAAAGGGGAUACUCACCAACUGAAACUGUGGUUUUCAGUCCAUUCGAAUGCUACCCAUAGGUUGAAUGAAAUGUACAGUAUAAAGCAGUGAUUGGAACCUAGGUCUGGCAUGUACAAUAGAAUAAUUAAAGUGCCACUGAACUUCAAAGUUUUCAGUUUGGUUGAAUAAUCUCCUAACAGUUUCCCACAGCAAAAGCAUAGCAAUGUGUAGUAAAACACAGUGAAAGCAUGGUAAAGCAGAGGUUAGCACUGUAAAGCCCAGAGAGGUAUGGACAUGAAUAUUUAAAAACAUAGCAAACCAUGUGCAAAUUUACUCUUUAUUAGUAAUGAAUUGCAAAUACCAGUCCGAAGUGCCUGUGGUUUUUAAUCAUUAGAAAAAUACAGCCUCAGUUUGAGACAAUGUAAUAUAGUCAUGAUAAUUGUACUAGGGGCUUUUUUUUUAUUAAAGUACUGUAAGACAUGAUGGUUCUGUUUUUGGUAUUAGUGAUAACAACCGUAAGAAGUACUGGUUAAUCUAUUAUAUUGGAUGUAUUGUCUUUGCUGCUGAUAACAGAAGUAAAUGUGCAACAGAUUAAAUCAUUUACUACA